CACUCUGCGAGCACUCGUCUGUCCACCAUGGAGCCCGGCGACCCCUCCGAUCUCGCCGCCCAGGAAGCUGCGGCGAGGGACUACCAACCGCAGUUGGAGGGUCAAUUGGUGGGCGACAAGACCACGAGCGACGCCAUCACCGACGAGUACGCCAAGGCCGACGACAUUUAUGUCGCGAAGACAAUUAGCCUCCCGCAGACCUACUCGCACUACCGGCCCAUCCAAGGAGAUGGCAAUUGCGGCUGGCGAGCAAUUGGCUUUUCUUACUUUGAGCACCUCGUGAAUAAUGGUGAUCAGCACGAGAUACUUGGCGAGGCCGCCCGCAUCCAGAGCCUUGAUCAGUAUCUUCUUCGCGUCGGCGGUUACGACAAGAUGCUAUUCGAAGACAUGGUGGAAGAGACGAUCGCUCUCCUGAAAGAGCUAGCUCAGAACGUCACCAAUCCUCAAUUGGCCAUGCACAUCUUGGUCCAGCGCUUCAACGACCAGGACGUCUCCAAUGCCAUCAUCUAUCACCUUCGGCUGUUGGCGAGCUCAUGGCUAAAGGGAAAUUCCGAGUCAUACGAGCCCUUCAUCCCCGCCGAGAUGGGUAUUGCCGGCUACUGCGCCGAGCUGGAGCGUCCUAACAGGGAGAUUGAGCAUCUCGGCAUCACGCUUCUUGCACAGGUGCUGCUAAAGCCCGUCAACUUCGUGCUAGAAAUAGCAUAUCUCGAUCGUAGCCCAGGCAACCAAGUCAACAUUUACCGCUUCCCCGACGAGGCCAACGGCCAGGAUCCCGCCAACCUAGGCUCUAUCAUUUACCUGCUUUACCGACCUGACCACUACGACAUCCUUUACAAGUCGCCCCCGAACCCUGCGCCUCUGAGCCUGCAGGUCAACCGCGCCACUUCAUUUUCUCACCGACACGAUAUUGGGAGCGUGGCGACGUCGCUCCACAGCUAUGCCAAUCUUGAUUAUGGUCCGUUGGCCAUGCUGCCCGGCUUUGGCGGCCCGGCUUCCGGUUUGUCCUCGGGCUUGUCCUCAGGUUUGUCCUCACUAGGUUCUCCCACCUCAACCUCACCUUUGCCGGAUGCCUUCGAUCCGCCGUCGCAAUCUCCUUGGCUCGCGACGCCAUAUUCCGAGCACAUGCAGCAGCAACAGCAGCAACCUGUGUCAGCUCCCCGCCCUCAGCCUCAGACAGCAUCCCAGCCCCAGCCACCAGUCCCUACCCCCGUAAAGACCACACAGCCUGUCGACUAUCAGCUGAGGUUUAGCCACCAGUGCUGGCAUCUUAACAACGCCAGCUCUGCGCAACCUUCGAUUCGCUCGGCCCCGUCCGGUUUUCUGGAACCUAGCUUUACGACGGCCAUGUUUAAGAACAGCCAUUUCAACAAGGCGCAUUACAACAACCCUCAUUUCCACCCUGAAGAAUGGACACCAGACGAUGACGGACAUCAUGAGAGGGUUCCAAGCGCCAAAAAGAAGAGCAAAGUCAGGUCGGACUAUUAG